AUGGCUUCCAACGCGAAUCCAACUCAGGAUCUUCCACCUGUGGAAUAUGCCCGCAUGUUCAAGGAAGCCAUGGACCUAAAAAUGAUCCCAUAUGAUACUAGAUGUGGUGCGAAUGCCGCAUCAGUCAAGCAGCUAAUGAGACUCCAUCAGGAAUUACUCUCCGACCUGUUCAAACUUACAGCUGAAGAAAUUGGCCAAUGGUGCUUGGAGGACAGAUUUGCGUCUGAAGUUCGAACAAGAAUGCCAUCAAAAGAGAUCCCACUUGCUUGUGUUAGCGAGAAGCCGGACCAUGACUUGUGGUAUUAUCAAGCAGAAUGUUGUUUUGGAGAAGAUGAGUUUCACCAAGGUACUGGCCAAACUAGACGAUACCUUUAUUUCGUCUUUGGCAUGAAUGUAUGGCGAAUUCAGCCAAAACCAGAGUGGGCUUUGAGACCUGGCCACCGCAUGGUUGACGCCUGGUAUGAAUUGGGUUACGCCACCUGCUGCACGGACUAUUAUGUGAGAUGUCUCCGUAUAGCAUAUUACCCAGUCUGCUCUGAAAGCCGGGGUAUCGGUUCUGGGAGCUUUGUGGGCAUACGAGACCUUGCCCAUAUAAAGGAGAAGAUGCUAGAGGGACUACAAUGGCCCCAACGACCACCUAGACAACAUACACAGGUCAUUUUCUACGAUAAUCUCACUAAUUUCAUUAAAAACCAAGCAACUGGUUCCGAAGAGAGCGUCUGGCGCUUGCAACAUGCAAUAUCUCUUAACCCUAGACGGGACUGGAGAGAGAUAGCGCGAAAUUCUUUAUUCAAACAAGCUGCAUGGGACUAUCGUUUGACUACACUGCUUGACACGGGACUAGAGGACUCUAGAGUAAAUGCCGAUCUCCAAGAGGCAUACAGAGUGGCCAUUCAAUACAAAUAUGAUCCUAUGAUAUUGCAUAUGGCUUGCAUUCAAGGUCGUCUGGAAGCCUAUGUGACUGAGGCAAAUUUAUACCACCAGGAUAUGCCGAGACAAGUCUCAGAAGAGGCAAUUACUAUACUACGCAUAGCUGAUGAGACAAAUAGGAUGAUGAAGAAGUACGAAUCACCGACUAUAGAAGGAGAACUGUCGACUACAGAGUGA